CUUCAGGAAUUCGGUAAUCCAUAUAAAGGGGGCAGCAUCCAGCGUGGAGCCCACGUUGCCUGCACACGUAGCGCACACCGCGAAGUCACGAUUCAUCAUCGCACGACACACGGCCAGUGUAUCGCCGCUACCGGUCGCGCGCGCUCGCGGCCCACACUAGCAACUGUCAAACAUCCCGCCAAAAAACCGACGAGUCCAGACUUUCGAAAGAGGCCGCAUACUUAUAAUUUAUUUCUUUUUCGGAAUUACCGAUACAAGUUUUUUUUUCCGACCGGCCAGUGAGUGAAACUUGAUCGAAUGGGUGCAAACUUUUUGCGUGCGCAAAUUGUUGCCAGUGAAAAGUAAUUUGUGAAAACUUGUAAACAAUGAAUUAAUGAGGGAUAAAAGUGAAACAUUUGGUGUGUAAAGACAGUGUAAAGUACUAGCUGUGUUCUGAAACAAUGAUGGAUGUUGUGUAAUCGGUUUUGAAAUGUCAUCGCCCUAAUUCUGAGCCGAUUCAAAAUGGAACUCAAAACGCCAAAAGCGAAGAAAAAGGCCGACUCCAAGGUGAAAAUGUGGGGCAAAAUGAUGAGGACGCCUCUAUUCAUUCUCUUCCUCCUUGGCUCGACCAGUUGCGACGACAAAGACGAACUGGCCGAAUACACUGCGAAUAAAAACUACACCAUCACAGACUCCCAUAGACACCGGCAUAGACACAUAGAGGCGGCUGUCAGUUUGACAGCGCGGGAGCGAAACGUCACCGCGCGGGAAGUUUUAAGUGAUAUAAAGUUUUUGAGGCGCCAUUUGAAUAAAGAAAUAGUGAAUUUUGUGAUGACUGACUCACUGGUGGACGGAGAGAUGGAGAAUCGGAUACAUUACAACGGUGUUACUGCCAAGGAGACCUUCGUCGGAGCUGACGGAGCCGGGCUAAGACUCCGACAGCUGACGGACGGGCGCCAUCUUGUCCAAAUAAUCUACUCCCAACAUGGCGACAUCCAAGACUGCGAAUACAUAACCGAGAGGAAAUCCGCCAGAAAUUUCCUCAAAAAUCUCAGGAAAGAACUAAAAUUAGCUCUGGACGAGGAAAACUCGAAAAUAUUGCGCGGUGACACGGCUACUGAGUCAGACGAGAAGUUUUACCGCCAUUUUGGAAACGUCACGUUUCGCAUCUUAAAAAAUGGUGAACGACUUCCGCCGGAUGUGGCCGGUUGGUUUAAUUAUGACAAACUGAAAGUGGAGUGUUUAAAGCGACAUGAAGAAUUAAAGUAUAUGCUUGAAAAUAAAAACAAAAUUGGCGCACAAGAGUUGAGCAGGUCGCCCAGGUCGAUCCGGGAGAACUUUAUACUGCCCGGGACAAAAUGGUGCGGCGCCGGCCAGCUGGCCGAGAGGUAUGACGAGCUCGGCCCGGACAGGGACGAGGACCGCUGCUGUAGGGCCCACGACAACUGUCGCCUCAACAUCGGCGCGUUUAGAAGAAGAUUCGGAUAUUUCAACAUGAGACCUUUCACCGUGUCGCACUGUCGGUGCGAUAGGAGAACGAAACGAGAUGCAAUGGACAUACUCAGAGUGCCAGGCACGAAAUGGUGCGGCAAAGGAUACUCGGCGACCAGGUACUCUCAGCUCGGGGGGUACGCCAGGACAGACCGCUGCUGCAGGGUCCACGACCUUCGAUGCCCAUUCUGGAUCGGAGGGAUGGAGAAGAAGUAUGGAAUCUAUAACUGGCGAGUGAACACUCUGAUGCACUGCCGAUGCGACGAAAGAUUCCGAGCGUGCCUCAAGCUGGCCGACACCUCCGUGUCCAACAUGGUGGGCAAGCUGUUCUUCAACGUGGUGCAGACCAAGUGCUUCGUGCUGAAGCCCACCAAGAUCUGCACCAAGCGCUCGUGGUGGGGCAAGUGUCUGCAGCGCGGGUACAGGAAGCAGGCUUUUCUGCGAGAGAAUCUGCCCUACUGAUUUCUGAACGGAGAAUUCACGAAGAUUGAUCUGCCCUACUGAGCAGCGAUCACAGGAUUCGAUACUAUUUUCGAAUCUACACAAACAUAUGGGAAAAGAACAGUAUCGUCAACUGUCAUUGUCAAAGUGUAAGGCAAAUUUGUCAGUUCCAAAAGUGACAUGUGUUUUUUCCA